AAUUCGUGUUUAGUAUUUUAAUUUGCAUCUAGUUGAUGAUGAGAGAUGGAAUACGAAACUCGAACGUGCAAUUUUUAAUUAGCCAGUCGUCUCCUCAGUGACUCUCUCUUUAACUUUGAUUCGAUUCGAUUCGAUUCGUUUCUCUGUUUUUCCCCAUUCAACCAAACCCUAAGUCGCUAUCUCACCACUCUCCACUCACGCCGUUUCUCACAACCCAAUUUCUCACCAUUCGAUUCUAAAAUCCCUACUUUACACCAAUUAUUAUCACUUCGUUUCCCAAUAUUAUUUAUUUAAUUUAAUUUAAUUUAUUUUAAUUGAUUAUUCUCACCAAAUCUCACAAUGAAAGAAGGUAAAUCUGUUAAACUGAUUCCUCAACCGCAGCAGCACCAGAACGGUCACCUUUCUCCUUUCAAAUUCGCCAAAUUGCUCGAUCCCGAAGCUUCCUGGGACAAGGAUCAACUUGGAGAUGUAUUGCAUUGGAUUCGACAAGCAAUGGGCCUUGCAUGUGGAUUACUUUGGGGUUCGUUUCCAUUGGUUGGGGGAAUUUGGUUUAUUCUCUUUUUAGUUAUCUCCUCCGGAAUCAUAUAUGGUUAUUAUUCAGUAAUAUUGAAGAUUGAUGAAGAGGAAUUUGGCGGCCAUGGAGCCCUACUCCAAGAAGGUCUUUUUGCAUCUACAACUCUUUUCCUGCUUUCCUGGAUUCUAGUCUUCAGUUUAGCGCACUUCUGAUUGGGAGGGAACUUGAAGUGUUGCAAAUAUCUCCAAACAUCUGUGACAUUUAAAAGUUUAUAUUUGAUUUCAUGUUGGGCCACAGUGUUUUGAAAACAAUGAGAAAAAUGUGAGUUGCUGCGGGUAUUUACUUUUUCCUAUGUAAAACGUUCUGAUUUUGUGGAAGGUGAACGGAUUUUCCUCUGCUUUCCAUGAUGGUAAUUAGCUGUUCUAGUUAGCAUUCCUUAUGACACCACACAUUUGUGGCAAAUUAUGAGUCACACGAUUAACGACAAUCAAAAUUCUGUUUGUUGAACUUCUUAAUAAAGGUGCUUGCUUGCAGGAAAAUUUGAA